AUGUGCUCAGGAGUCCGAGCUGAAGGGAAACACAAUUCAGCAGAGUUUGAUGAUGUCAGGCUGGUGGGAGGAGUCAGUCGUUGUGCAGGAACACUGGAGGUGAAACAUCUGGGACAAUGGAGACCAGUGGAUUUCUUUGACUGGACCCUGAAGGCAGCAGCUGUUGUCUGUGCACAUCUGCACUGUGGCUCUGCUUCUACCUUGGGAUGGAGACUGGAGAACUACACAUCUGUGUGGAAGAUUAAACCAGACUGUGUUUUUUCUGGAUCUGCUCUGAUGGAGUGUGCAACAUCAGAUUAUUCUCCUUUAAUCCUGGAUUUCACCUGUUCAGACUCUGUCAGGCUGCUGAAUGGUUCCAGUCUGUGUUCAGGCAGACUGGAGGUGAAGUCUAACCAGAGCUGGUCCUCAGUGUGUGAAGCUGACUUUGACCAGCAGGAUGCAGAGGUGGUCUGUAGGGAGCUUGGCUGUGGGCCUCCUUCGGUCCUCCAGGGGGCGCUCUAUGGAGAAGUGGAGGCUCCGGUGUGGAGCAGAGAGUUCCAGUGUGGAGGCCGUGAGUCUGCUCUCCUGGACUGUAGAAGUUCAGGCUCAGCUAGAAACAGCUGCUCACCUGGCAAAGCUGUUGGACUCACCUGCUCAGAACCUGAUGUCAGGUUGGUGGGAGGAGCCAGCCGCUGUGCAGGUACGUUACAGGUAAAGUAUCGAGGAAGCUGGCGACCAGUGGAUGUCCCUGACUGGACCCUUAAGGAAGCAGCUGUUGUCUAUCUGUGCAGCAUCAAAUUACUCUUCUUCCAUCAUGAAUAUCACCUGCUCAGACCUGCUGGUUCAGCCAAUCAUUUCUUUGUCCUCCAUGGACGGGGUCUCCGAGGGGCAGCAGGGGCUUCUGGUGUCCAGAAGCUCCAAUUUCACCAUCAGCUGCUCCAUCCAGCCACAGUACCCAGGAGGCUCCUUCCACCUCACCUUUAA